CUCCUCUCUCUCUCUCUCUCUCUCUCUCUCUCUCUCUCUCUCUCUCUCUCUCCUCCUCCUCCUCCUCCUCCUCUCAUCCUACCUUUCCCUUUGCCAUUUUCCAAGACAAGCAGAGGGGAGAGAGAGGGGUUUUCUUCCUUCAGUGCCCAAAGGAGAUGAGUUCUUCCAGUACCAAGUAGUCCUACUAGUUCUACUUUUUAGCAGUAGGAGGCUGGUGUUUGCUGCGAUUUCGAUUGGAUUGAGAUGGGAAUCGUCUGCGUCGAUGCAUCCUCCACGCUGCUCUGCGAGGAGGACAGGAGCAACGCACUCGGCCUCGUCGGCUGCUGCGACGAGCUGCUAGAGGUGGGGAGCGGCCUUGAUGGCUUGGACUCCGCCGACGGCGCCGUGUUGCCCGUGCACACCGAUGAGGCCGUGUCGGCGUUGGUGGAGAAGGAGAUGGACCACCAACCUCAAGAGGGCUAUGCGGAGAGGCUGGAGCGCGGCGGAUUGGAGUCCUCCUGGAGGAGAGACGCCAUGGAUUGGAUUUGCAAGGUUCAUUCACACUACAGCUUUGCACCACUCAGUCUUUACCUUGCUGUGAAUUACCUGGAUAGAUUCCUCUCCUUGUAUGAGCUCCCACACGAUAAGCCUUGGAUGCAACAGUUGUUGUCAGUUGCUUGCCUAUCUCUUGCUGUCAAGAUGGAGGAGACCGUGGUCCCUUUUCCUGUGGACCUUCAGGUUUGCGAUGUGAAAUUUGAGUUUGAAGGAAAGACUAUUGGGAGGAUGGAGGUUCUUGUGCUGAAAACCCUGAAGUGGAGAAUGCAGGCUGUGACCCCGUUUACUUUCAUCAGCUACUUCCUGGACAAGUUCAGUGAUGGGAAGCCACCGAGUUUUGCACUUUCCUCACGGUGUGCUGAGAUCAUAAUUGGCACACUCAAAGGCUCUACAUUCUUGUCAUUCAGACCAUCUGAGAUUGCUGCGGCCUCGGCCCUAGCAGUGGUUUCUGAGAAUCAGAUUGUUGGCUUUGCGAGUGUUCUUUCAGCAUCUAAAGUCCCUGUAAAUAAGGACAUGGUUGCUAGAUGCUAUGAGCUGUUGCAAGAGCAGGUGUUGGUGAAGAAGAGAAGGCACAUCAAUGGAAGCGCUUCAGUGCCACAAAGCCCGAUUGGUGUGCUGGAUGCAACAUGCUUCAGCUUUAGGAGCGAAGAUGCAACACUAGGAUCAUCACAAUCAAACAACAUCAGUAGUAGUGACAACAACAAUCAAGCUUCCAAGAGGAGAAGGCUAAGCAUAUCACCAAUCUGAGUAGAUCACAAACCGUACAUAUGUCCGUUGGCAGCGUGGCAUUGCGCACUUGUUUAUGCAUUAUUGAUCAUCUUAACCUCAGAGCUUGUCAGGGCAACAAGUAGUGGUACAAAAGGAUCCAGUGAAGCAUUGUAACAAGCAGAGGAUGGUGUCAGUAAUAAGUUAGUACCAGCUUCUUGAUCUCUGAGAUGAAAGAGGUGAGGAGAAAGGCUUCUUCCUCUAGAAAUUUUGAAAUUCCCUUCCUCACCGGCACCCUUGUUUUAUUCCUUUUCUUUUUAUCGGUAUCUGAAGGCAUUUGCGGGGAGAUCCUUGUGGAUAUGAGAUUGGAGAUGUGAGGAUUUGAGAGAGAAAUCAACAAAAAAGAUUUUCAGUUUUGUUCCUUUGUUCUUUGCCAAUAUAUUAAAAAAAAUUGUUGUGAGAAA